AUGGAAGCCUCCCCCAGCAACACGGGCUCCCUGCCCGUUGAUGUGUUAAACACCUUCAACGCCUUCGCAUUUGACGCUCCCUCAACCCCCGUAGGACGAAAUACGCGGAGGGAGUCAGGAUCUGCAGAGGCUGCUGCGAGCCGCUUCCGUCCUGCUGGGGAGUUUCGCACCAGCAGGGGGGUACCAUGCGGGAAAAGACGCAACAGUAGCAGCAUGCCCAAGCGCACAAGCUACAAACGCAAGUCGAUAAGUGGCACUUCUCCUACCACCGCUCCAGUAGUCGCUGCUGCACCUGAGUCGGAUGGCAAGAGCCACGACAAGAUCGGUGAUGGCCUCCCAUCGGAGUCAGAUCUAAGCCUGUCGGUUCGAGAGUCUCUCGAGUGGCUUGCUACAGCUGAGCAGCGGCGAAAUCUGAGCAGCGCAGAGGUUGCCGCAUCCUUCCAGUGCCCUCUUUGCCACCGCUUUGGCAUGCAAUUUCGUUCCGGACGGUAUGGUGUUUUUCUAGGAUGCUCCGAAUACCCGCAGUGCAAGGGUAAAAUCAGCGAUUCAAAAGUACAGAGGUGGCGCUCGUGUACAGGAGACAAAAACUCCGGCCUGUGCGUUGUCUUCGAGAUCGAAACCCCUCACACAUUCAGAAUCCAUCCGGGAGGCUGUGCCACCACUGGAGAACUGCUUGCUCAUGCGCUGCCUCGUAUCAUUCAGACCGCCGCUCGGCUGUACACGCAGCAGCAGCAGCAGCAGCAGCAGCAGCAUCACGGAGGCACGUGGGAUGGCGCUUCAGACGCGUCGAUUCCCGAGGCUUUGAGACCCCUCUCUUGGCUGCCGCGGAGCGACUGCAUUCGAAAAGAUCCCACGCUUCUGUCGCAGUUUAGCAGCGCCGCUGUGCUGCAUCAUGCUCGUAAGGGGAAGGGGGAGGAGGAAGGCGAACGGCCUUCCUCAGAGUCAACUCCUCCCCAAGUUUUAUCGGAACAAAUAAAGUUUUCCUCUAAUGCGGGUGUCUUGAAUGGCCAUGCGGCAUCGGCGGGAGAGGGGACGCCCUCAAAGGCUGAAAGUUUGCGUCUUGGAGUCGUUCCUCAUGAAGCGGCAGAGGGCAAGAACCGCCUACGCUUUGUCGACUGGACUUGUGGCGCUUUGAAGCCUCCUGCCGAUGGCUUGCGCUACACUGACGGCUGCGUCUUCUCCCUGGAUACGUAUCCGAUUAUUCUGCAGGCAGCUGCUGCUGUUUGCGGCUGGGCACGCCUCAUUCCAAUUCCAGGACUGACGCUUCGCUUCUUCAGAGACACUCUCCGGAGUGGACAGUUCCUCGUUACGUCCAAGGAGCGCGCCUUAAGAGUUGCGUGGUGGAUGCUGCCUCCGAAGCUGCGGGAGCACUUGCUGCCUUUUCAGUGGGAAGGUGUCGUGUUUGCUGUACAGCGGGGAGGACGUGCACUCAUUGGAGAUGAAAUGGGGCUUGGCAAGACGGUGCAGGCUAUUGCAUGCAUUGCGCUGUAUCGACAGUUCCCGUGUCUCAUCGUGGUUCCUGCCUCCAUGCGGCUUGUGUGGGCAGAUGCCUUGGAGGAGUGGCUAGCGAAUUACAGUGCACCACCUCAGCUUCGCGUACUUUUUGCCAGCGGAGAUCGUCCUGCUCCCGAUGAGGAGCACUGCAUAUGUCUAUCCUCCUUCGAAAUGGCUGGCAGGCUCUACGAUAGUCUGAAGGCUACGCAGUACAAAUUCGUCGUCGUGGAUGAAGCGCACAAGCUGAGAGGAUCUGCCUUUCCACGGAACCCGUCAUUCUACGCGCGUGCUGAAGCAGCAGCAGCAAGAGUGGCUGGGAUGAAGGCAGAAAACGCAGCAGAAGAGGCAGCAAGAGUGGCUGGGAUGAAGGGAGAAAACGCAGCAGAAGAGGCAGCAAGAGUGGCUGGUACAACACGCGCUGAGGAGCAUUUUAGCAGUGUCGAUUCUACCCGUUUUGUGCAAGCCCAGCCACCACUGGAGAAGUAUGCGACACGGCAAGACCUCUGUAGAGUUCAUGGCGAAGAGAAGAGGCGUUGGAGGCUGUCUCAAACAACAAGCAGUCAAGACGCUAACCGCAAGAUUCUGGAUCUGGUGAGGGGCAGCAGACAUGCGCUGCUCCUCUCAGGAACCCCUUCUGUGCGCCUUCCCGCAGAUUUGUUUCCACUGGUAGAGGCGCUUUUGCCUGCACGCGAUGAACAAGACGCAAUCGCCGUGCGCGCACGACAACUGCAGCAGUGGCGGGAGCUAGAAACCUUGGCAGAAGCAGAAGCGAGGAGAUUCCAACGCAGAGACUCCUCACUCGACAGCCUCAAGAACCUCGAUCCUCCUCCCCCCGGUGUCGGGGAAGUUCCCUCGCCAGGAGCCUUAGCCACUCCAGCGUGGAAAGCAGCAGCAGCAAAAGCAGCAAAGGCGAACGAGGCAUACGGCAAUCCUUUGGAUCCAGCUCGCUGCUCGACUUUUUUUUCUCAAGAUCGCGAGAAGAAGGCUUUCUCCCCCUGGACCGUUGGGGAGCCUACAUGGCAGCGUUUCGGAAAUAUACUGCGAGACGAGCGCAUCCAAUUUGCUGAAGAAUACUGCUGCUCCUCCCGCUCCUUUGGAUCGAGACGUCGAUUUGAGGCUUCUCCCCGCAGUUGGGAGUUGCAUCUGCUCCUUACACGGGCAGUGCUCAUUCGAAGGCGAAAGACGCUGCGUGAUUUCCCAACUAUCCCCUUGCCUUCUCAAGGUGCCGGCGAAGCUGGCAGAAAUAGUCCCCUCCUCUUAGAGGCAGAUCUGCAUGCAGAGGCUGGCAGUGAAGUCUGUGGUGUCUCUACAGUCGCCGCUAUCGCCGGAGGCUCGAUGCCUCCAACGGGAGAUCCUCAGGCAACCCUGAGAGACGCUGAAAGCCUCAUAGAAGGACUGCCGUGGGCAGCCGACGCCUCUGGAGAUUGCGACGCGCUGGUGCUCCCGCGAUGCAUGCGGAUAGUCCAGCUGCUUCUGAUAUUCCACUGCAACAACAAGCUGCUGACGGCUAUUGGAGAAGGCCUCGUGCUGCAAAAGCCUGAAUACCGUUCUCUGCGAAGCGACACGCUGAAGACAGCUGCCGGCGGUGUGCUUCUAUCGGAAGAUAAUUCGAUCAGCAGUGACAAAGGCAUUACUGGUACAGCUCCUGUGAAUGCCGAUGCUGGACUGUCUGUCUCGACCGUCCUGUUGGAUCUGCUGCUCCCAUCGCGAGGCGAGCUCGCUGUUGGCCUUUCUUCCGCUGGCGAUCUUUCAGCUGCCUUACGAGAUGUGACACGUCGUCCUCCAGCAACGCCUGCAGAACGAGUAGGACUGUGUAAGGUCGCAGCGGCUGCUCAGUGGCUUCAGGAGAAGUUUUUCAGAGAUGUGACAGACAGCGCUUGGCACGGAGAAGGAGCCGACCCUCCCCCGAAGGUCAUCGUGUUUGCACAUCACCGCCGUGUCAUGGACGCCUUAGGAGCUCGACUGCGAGAGCUAAGAGUGAGUUGUUGCCUCUCCGGCGGAGCGCGAGGCUUGCGAGGAGAACAACACGGACGAACUCAGGGGUUCGUGCGCAUCGACGGCAGCCUUCCAGAAGAAGAAAGACAGAGGCGGCGUCGUAUUUUCUUGACAGAUCCAAGGUGUCUCUUGGCCCUUAUAUCCAUCACAUCGUCUUCCCAUGGCCUGGACUUCUCUGGAGCUUCCGUGUGCAUCUUCCUCGAGCUUCUCCCGCCGCAACACGAGCUACUGCAGGCUGAGGCACGACUGCAUCGCAGGGGGCAGGGAAGGACUGUAACAACCUACUUCCUAGUAGGCCGUUGCAAGCCCUCAGUAGCAGCUGCUCCUCGCUCAGAGUCUUCUCACUGUACGCGUGCCAACGCUUUGCGGAGCAGCGCUAGCGACUUUCCAGAGGAGGAGGCAGAGGCUGGCGCAAGUGCGAAGCGAGACGCAUGCGAACUUCUUACAUCCCUACCAGGUGGACGUGGAGGCUGCGCAGCGAGGCGGAUCAAAAGAGACAAGGCCUCUUUCUUGGAGCCACAGGGAGGCAGCGCUCCCCCACUUAGCUUCGCAGAUGCCGUCAAGAAGUGCUGCUUGCACCUGCAGCGCGAGGUAGAGGCUGUAGACGAGGCGGCGUGGUGUCGCAUCGUGCAACAAGCUGCGCUCGUGCAACAGACACUUGACGGACCGCUGUCUGCUGCCUCGCAGCUCGAUGCGGUUCCAGCCGCCGCUGCGACUUCUGACGACAUGCACCUCCCCGCAUCCACCUUCGCACCAGCAAGCCUCACUUCUGCCUCAAACUCCCUUCCCGAGCGGCAGGAGCAACAUGCUCACCCAACGGAAACACUCGAGCAGAUCCAUCAGCCAACGAGUUGCACAGCCAUUCGUGCCGAAGAGAUGACAAGCCUCCACGCAAGAAUCCCUCCCCCACGCCAAGCAGACAAAACAACUUCCGACGUACAAGGGAUGGACGAAACGUCACCAGGUUAUUCGCUGCUUCAGGAUCAACAGGCUCCAUGUGUGGCUCUACUGCAAACUGUCUCACCAGCAGUUUCGGAGGCAUUUCGCUUUCGAGUCUCAAGGUUUACGCAACGUGUGCAUGCGUUCAAAAGCGACCCAGUAAUUCCCCUGGGUGUCUCCUUCACAGCCAGCGAACUUUGUAUACAACAACAACCCCCUCCACAGCUGCCGGAGCAGCAGCAGCAGGGGGAGGAGCUUCCUGAGAAGUUGCAAGCGCCGUCUCGCCACACAGACAUGCAGCAGAUGAAGGCCUGUGACAGUCUGCUGCUCUGGCAUGCACGGCAUGCAGCGUAUCACUACAGGAGACUCUUUGGCUUGCUUUCAUCGUUUGAUCAGCGGCGAAUGCGUGAGGCUGCGUUGACGGUGCAAGAGCUUCUGGAGUUCGUGAAAUACCGCUAUGCGGCUCUGCAGCAAGACGGCGAGAAAAAAAUUUCUUCUGUCUCCGACGACGCGAGACUCUCGUCUUGCAAUUCAUACAGAGAUUCGCUCGAUUCAUGGAGCAGAGUAGACAGCAGGGGGAGUCACCAUGACACCAGCUGCCUGUCAGUCCCCCUAGACGAACCGCAGAGCAGUAAUGCAGUUUCGUCUCGAUACUUCAGCACGCCGUCGAAUACGCAGCCAUCAAAGAGAAGUCUCGAAGGAGCUUCUGCCUCGCACGAGAAAGCAAGGCGAAAAACGCAGGCAAUCACCUUCAGGCCUUAUACACGCGAACCCUCGCGUUCCAUCCUCAUUCCCGUGAUCCUCGACAACCCACGAGUUAAAACGCAGCUGCCUGCCGCACCGCCUAAGCACAUGCAGCCUUUUUGCCGCGAACGGCAGACUGUGCUUUGUGUAUCUUGCAUGAAGCCAAUUUGCUCUGUCAGCACCUCGCGAACUUACUUGCGCAUCGUGGAGAACACGGAGGAAAGUCGCAUUCCCCCAUUGCAACCGGAGUCAGCAAAGCCAGCGGGCAUCAAAGUUUCAGAUCAGCUAGCCGUCAAGACACUGCAGAGCGGUGCUCCAAACGCCUUGCGUCAAACAGCGGAGCCGCAGACGCAGCUCACAGUUGAUCUGUCAGCACAUGUGGAUUGGGGAGAAGCAUUCGGCAAACCACAGAGCAGCGUGGAGGUUGUCACAAGCCGCCAAAACUUCGCCAAUGAUGAGACGCAGUGCUGGCUUAUCCGCUGUUCUGAGCAAGACCUCACAUGCAGCGGGCGCUGCUCAGACGCGUAUGCUGCGCGGAGACGUAGGCAAGCCUUGAGACGCCAGGUGGAGAGAUGUGACAACGGGGUAUGCAGCCACUGUGGCCUAGACUGCGGCGAGAUGCUGACGGCUCUCAAAGUCAUGCAUGCAGCGGGAGAACCACAGUGGAGGAUAGAGGAAGAGGUUACCCGUCGUGCACCCAGCUUUCGCCCAUGGCCUGCACUAAUUCGAAAGCUCGCAUGCAGCCUCACGCCGAGUUGCGCAUGGGAGGCGGAUCACAGAAAGCCGGUUAAGGAUGGAGGAGGCCUUGCAACUGUCGAUAGUGUACAGACUCUUUGCCGGGCGUGUCAUUUGGAGAAAACCAUUGAAGAGGGAAGGAGGGGCCAGAAACGCCGCCAUGUAGGCACGAAUGAGGCCUUUAAGACCUAA